AUCAUGCAAAAUCAAAGUUUUGUAACUGAAUUUGUUCUCCUGGGACUUUCACAGAAUCCAGAUGUUCAGAAAAUAAUAUUUGUUAUAUUUCUGUUUGUCUACAUCGCAACUGUCAGUGGGAACCUGCUGAUUGUGGUGACCAUCCUGAGCAGUCCAGUGCUCCUGGGCUCCCCAAUGUACUUCUUCCUGGCUUUUCUAUCCUUUCUCGAUAUGUGCAUCUCCUCUGUCACUGCUCCAAAGAUGUUUGCUGACUUUCUUUACAAAAAGAAAACAAUCUCCUUUGGAGGCUGUCUGACACAGGUCUUUGUUUCACACUUUUUUGUUGGGACAGAGGUGAUUGUCCUCACAGCCAUGGCCUAUGACAGAUAUGUGGCCAUCUGUAAGCCCUUGCACUAUACUUCCAUCAUGAACUCAAGACUCUGCUGCAUUUUGAUUGGAGUAGCCUGGAUGGGGGGACUUCUUCAUUCCAUUAUACAAAUUGCCUUUACUUCCCAGCUGCCCUUCUGUGGUCCCAAUGUCAUUGACCACUUCAUAUGUGACUUGUUCCCAUUACUGAAGCUUGUCUGCACUGAUACUUAUGUCUAUGGCCUUUUGGUGGUGACCAACAGUGGAUUCUUUUGCAUCCUAAUCUUCUCCAUGUUGCUUGUGUCCUAUGGAGUCAUCCUGUUCUCUCUGAGAAACCACAGCACUGAAGGACAGAGGAAAGCACUCUCCACCUGUGGAUCUCAUGUUGCUGUUGUGGUUAUGUUGUUUGUCCCAUGUAUAUAUGAAUAUGCAAGACCUCCAAUUGUUUUCUCCUUUGAUAAAAUGGUGGAGAUAUUCUACACCAUGUUAACUCCUCUGCUAAAUCCUAUAAUUUAUACUUUUAGGAAUAAGGAAGUAAAGAAUGCCAUGACCAAAUUGUGGAAAAGAUUAAUUGUUUUGUCUGAUAAAAAAUAA